AUGUUCGACCUCUUUGCCAUGCUCUUAUCGCCUCCGCUGGCAAAACCACCAGCGCUCGUGCUCCUCUCGCACAUGCGACGCCAGGCAUCGCGUGCUGACCCCGUCGUCCCUCGCAACAGCUCCGUCGCCUCCUUCCUCUUUCCGAUAUUCGCCUCGUACAAGGCGCUCAAGACAUCAGAUCCCGCUCAGUUGACACCAUGGCUCAUGUACUGGGUCGUUUUCAGCAUCUGCUUGCUGGUUGAGUCGUGGCUAUCCUUCAUCCUCUUCUGGAUACCAUUCUACGGCUAUUUUCGCUUGCUGUUCUUCCUCUAUCUUAUUCUCCCCCAAACCCAGGGCGCCCGCCUUCUCUACGAGGAACAUGUCCACCCCUUUCUUGCAAAUAAUGAAACCAGCAUAGACGAGUUCAUCGCCAGCGCCCACAAGCGCCUGAAAGCCACCGGCAUGACCUAUCUCCGCCGCGUCAUCGAGUACCUCAAAACCAACGUCCUGAACCUCCCCGCCUCCGAGCCUGAACCCGCGCCGUCCCAAUCACCGGCCGGACCGCAGGGCUAUACGCAGUCGCUACUUGCUCGCUUUAGUGUCCCGAGGACAAGAUGGGCCGGCACCGCCAACACCGGCAACGAGUUCUACAAUUUGCUGGCGAGCGCAGUCUCGGCUGCCUCCCAGGCGGGCGGAUUUGCCGGCAACCCCAGUGGUCCGUCUGGCACAAGCAUGACUGAUUCGGGGACUCUGAUUCCUCCACACGUGCGAGGCUCGGCCGAGAAGAUGACCUUUAUUGCUGCCCAGCGUGAGCGCCUCAAUAUUGUGUUGAGCGCCCUGGAUCGCGAGGCACAGCAGAUUCAGAGCGAUGGCGCUGGAACCUCGCGCACCGUGCCACCGGGAAGCUUUGCGCCAAGCGGUACGCGCGACAUGGACGACGACCAGAUGACUCACCGACCGCCCAGUGGACUUGGCAUGUCGAGCGCCUUGAGCAAGAGCCGCAGCGAGACCGACUUUGAGAAGGUCGAGGCGGAGAGCGGGGCGGAAGAUGAGGUGACUGUUCGUCGGCGCAACGUCCCGUCCGGGUCGGCAGGAAGUUCUUGGAUGCCAUGGGGCUGGGGGGGCGCUGGAGAAGCGAGCCCCGGUCCGGGGGGACCCAAAGAAUACCAGAGACGUCGCGUGUAG